CAAAAAGGACAAAAUAAUAAAAAAACAAAGAAAAGAAGGAGACGUGCUUUUGGCUCCUUAAACGGCGAAUCCCUCUGUCAGGAAGAAAGAAAAAGAAAAGAAAAAAGAACAAAACAAUCAAAGACUUGCUCUCAACUUCUUCUCGUUUACAUUUCUUGAUCGAAUUUUGCCUAAUCAGCUUCCUCUUCCACUCAUCUACACAGUACACUGGCGAUGCUACCAGCAAUUGAUCCUCUAAAACGCUGAUCUGAGAAUCUAAUUCAUCUCCUCAAGAUGUUGGAAGAUCAGGUGGCGAAUCUAUUGCAGAGGUACCUGGGCAAUUACGUCCACGGCCUCAGUAAAGAAGCUCUAAAGAUUAGUGCCUGGAAAGGUGAUGUGGAGCUAACAAAUAUGCAACUGAAGCCAGAGGCACUCAAUGCAUUACAGUUGCCUGUGAAGGUUAAAGCAGGAUUUCUUGGAUCAGUGAAGCUUAAGGUUCCAUGGAGCAGGCUUGGCCAGGAUCCUGUUUUAGUUUACCUGGAUCAAAUUUUUUUAUUGGCAGAACCUGCAACACAAGUUGAGGGACGUAGUGAGGAUGCAGUCCAAGAAGCAAAGAGAAGUCGUGUACGGGAAAUGGAAAUGAAGCUAUUGGAGCGAGCACAAUUAUUGAAAUCAGAAGUGAAUACGACGUGGUUGGGGUCCCUUAUCAACACCAUAAUUGGGAAUCUGAAGCUUUCAAUUUCGAAUAUCCAUAUCAGAUAUGAAGACCUUGAAAGCAAUCCUGGCCACCCAUUUGCUGCUGGUUUAUCCUUAGGGAGACUCUCUGCUGUGACGGUAGACGAUAAUGGAAUGGAAACUUUUGUAAUUGGGGGUACUCUGGACCGGGUUCAGAAGUCUGUUGAACUUGAUCAACUUGCUAUUUAUCUGGAUUCUGAUAUAUCACCAUGGUAUAUUAGCAAACCAUGGGAGAACUUGCGUCCUUCUGAGUGGGUUCAGGUUUUUAGGUUUGGUACAAAAGAUGGUAAACCGUCAGAUUCUAUAAUGAAAAAGCACUCAUACAUUCUGCAACCAGUGACUGGAAAUGCUAAGUACUCAAAGUUGAGGUCGAAUGAAUCUGUUAAUGGAGGCCAGCCUCUCCAGAAAGCAGAAGUGAACUUGGAUGAUGUGACACUCUGUUUGUCAAAGGAUGGAUACAGGGAUAUUUUAAAAUUAGCUGACAAUUUUGCUGCAUUUAAUCAACGCUUAAAAUAUGCUCAUUAUCGUCCUUUGGUGCCAGUAAAAUAUAAUACACGGUUGUGGUGGAAUUAUGCAUACAGAGUUGUCUCUGACCAAUUGAAGAAGGCAAGUGGGAAGUUAUCCUGGGAGCAGGUACUAAGAUAUGCAAGUUUACGUAAGAGAUAUAUCUCUCUAUAUGCUUCUCUGCUGAAGUCUGACCCAAAGCGGGCAAUAAUAGAUGACAACAAAGAAAUUGAGGAGCUGGACCGUGAACUUGACAUUGAACUCAUACUACAGUGGAGGAUGUUGGCUCACAAGUUUGUGGAGCGGUCAAUGGAAUCAGAACUUGACUCGAUGAAACAGAAAGCAAAGAAAUCAUGGUGGUCAUUUGGAUGGAGCAGUCAAUCUUUCAAAGAUGAAAGCGAACAAUUUCGUUUCAGUGAUGAGGACUGGGAUCAACUUAACAAACUGAUAGGUUAUAAGGAAGGUGAUGAUGGGCAGUCAGUAAUAUUCAAUGAGAAGAUGGAUGCUCUUCAUACUUAUUUGGAGGUUCACAUGCAACAUAAUGCUUCAAAGCUUGUUGAGGACCACAAGUGUCUUGCUGAAUUAUCUUGUGAUGGUUUUGAUUGCUCCAUUAAGCUUUACCCAGAAACAAAGGUUUUUGACAUGAAACUGGGGUCCUAUCAGUUAUCAUCACCAAACGGUCUUCUCGCCCAGAGUGCAACUGCUUUGGACUCUCUAAUUGGUGCCUUCUGUUAUAAGCCUUUUGAUGCUAAGGUGGACUGGAGCAUGGUUGUCAAAGCUUCUCCAUGUUACAUGACCUACUUGAAGGAUGCCAUUCAUGAGAUUAUCAAAUUUUUUGAGAGCAACCAUUCUGUCAGUCAAACUAUUGCACUGGAAACAGCUGCUGCUGUGCAGAUGACCAUUGAUGGAGUCAAGCGCACUGCUCAACAACAAGUGAACAGAGCUUUGAAAGAUCAAGCAAGGUUUCUGUUGGACUUGGACAUUGCGGCUCCAAAAAUUACAAUUCCUACUGAAUUUCGUCCUAACAACGUCCAUGCAACAAAACUUUUGCUAGACUUGGGAAAUUUGGUGAUUCGCUCACAGGAUGACAAUAAAAGGAGACCAUCUGAGGAGCUCAAUAUGUACUUGCAGUUUGAUUUGGUUUUGAGUGACAUCUCUGCCUUUUUGGUUGAUGGUGACUACAACUGGAGUCAAGCCCCUUUGCGCAAGUCUGCUGAUUCUGGCAAAUCAAAUGGUGUUAGCUUCUUGCCUGUUAUUGAUAAGUGUGGAGUAAUUGUAAGGCUUCAACAGAUUCGAUUAGAAAACCCAUCCUAUCCUUCCACAAGACUAUCUGUGCGGUUGCCGUCAUUAGGGUUUCACUUUUCUCCUGCACGGUACCAUCGGUUGAUGCAGGUAGCAAGGAUGUUUCAGGAUGAGGAUGCUGAGAAUUCAAGUCUUCUUUGUUUUUGGGAUCAAGCGGACUUUGAAGGGUGGUUGCAUCUUCUUAUUCGAAAGGGCGUGGCAAAUAGGGCAGCUGAAUGGCAGCGUCGAUACCUCUGCUUAGUUGGGCCUUUUCUUUAUUUAUUGGAAGACUCUAGUUCUAAAUCUUACAAACAGUAUCUCAGUUUGCGAGGAAAACAAUUAUAUCAACUUCCAGCUGAAUUGGUUGGUGGUAUGCAUCAUGUAUUGGCCAUCUGUGAUACUGGACGUCCUGUUAACAAGGUUGUAGAAGAUGUGAAUUCAGUAAUACUGCUAUGUGAUUCUGGUGAUUCACGGAGAAAUUGGCAAAGCCGCCUGCAGAGGGCUAUAUAUAGUGCUUCAGGUUCAGCACCUAUUACUGGUCUUUCUGAAACUUCAUCAGAUUCCGAGAGCUCAGAAAUGGGACUCAAUAGCAACACUGAUACAAGUGAUGCAUUGGAGAUGGAACGUGUUUUUUUAACAGGAGUUCUUGAUGAACUAAAGUUUUGCUUCAAUUACAAUCGUCAGCAUGACCUGAGUUUUCUAAAGGUGCUUCUUUCUGAAGAGAUUCCUUUAUUUGAAUUUCGAGCAAUUGGUGGCCAGGUUGAGUUGUCAAUUAGAGAAAAUGACAUGUUCAUUGGCACUGUUUUGAAAUCUUUGGAGAUUGAAGAUUUAGUUUGUUGCAAUGGCAUUUCUCGGUCUUCUUUCCUAGCAAGAUCAUUCAUCCGAAGUGAAGAGCAUUCGUCAUCACUUGAACAGGCUGGGAGUAAGAGCUUUAACAACAAUAAUGUCACACCUAGUGAAGGUGAGGACAAGUUCUACGAAGCAUCAGAGGAUUUGGUUGAUCCUGAGUGUUUGGCUUCCCCAAUUUCACAUCCAUUCGAAGAUGCCUUGUUGAAGCUUCCCACUUUUACUCGAAUCAGUGGCUUACUACCUGUUGAUACUGUUCAAAAUCGCAUGGAGGAUGUUGAACUAACUGAUACCUUAGAUAGUUUUGUGAAAGCUCAGAUAAUUAUCUACGACCAGAACUCUUCUCUAUAUAAUAAUAUUGACAUGCAGGUAUCAGUGAUGCUAGCUACUUUGUCAUUUUUCUGCCGCAGACCCACAAUUCUUGCCAUCAUGGAGUUUGUCAAUGCUAUUAGUGUUGAAGAAGGAAAUAGUGAAUCUGGCAGUGGUAAUUAUUCAGCAUUGAUGGUUGAGCAUGACGAUAUUAGAGGAGUGGUUGAUGACCAAAAUUUGUCAACGAUCGAGGACCCUGUUGUUAAGGGUUUGCUGGGGAAGGGAAAAUCUAGAAUUAUUUUCAAUAUAGUGUUGAAUAUGGCCCGUGCUCAGAUUAUGUUGAUGAAUGAAAAUGAAACUAAGUUAGCGUCUUUGUCCCAAGAUAAUUUACUUACAGAUAUCAAGGUAUUUCCAAGCUCUUUUAGUAUAAAAGCAGCUCUGGGAAAUCUAAGAAUAAGUGAUGAGAGUCUUCCUAGCAACCAUGCAUAUUUCUGGAUCUGUGAUAUGAGAAAUCCAGGGGGAAGCUCAUUUGUUGAGCUGGUUUUUGCUUCAUUUAGUGUUGAUGACGGAGACUAUGAAGGUUAUGAAUAUAGCCUUUUUGGCCAGCUUUCAGAAGUGCGCAUUGUCUAUUUGAAUCGAUUCGUGCAGGAGAUUGUUAGUUACUUUAUGGGUCUAUCUCCCAACAAUUCAAAGGGUCUUGUUAAAUUAAAUGAUCAAGUGACAAAUUCUGGGAAGUCAUUUACAACCAGUGAAAUUGAAGGAUCACCUGCUCUGAAGUUGGACAUUUCACUUAGGAAGCCAAUAAUAUUGAUGCCUAGAAGAACAGAUAGUCCUGACUACUUGAAGCUGGAUGUGGUUCAAAUAACUGUGCAGAACACCUUCCAUUGGUUUUAUGGUGACAAGAGUGAGAUGAGUGCUGUCCAUUUGGAAUUGCUAAUGAUUCAGGUUGAGGACAUCAAUUUAAAUGUCGGUAUUGGGACAGAAUUAGGUGAAAGCAUAAUUCAAGAUGUCAAGGGGGUUUCCAUUGGCAUUCGAAGGUCACUUAGAGACUUGUUGCAUCAAAUACCAAUUGUAGAAGCAACAAUCAAGAUAGAAGAUUUAAAAGCGGUUCUAUCUAAUAGGGAGUACCAGAUUAUUACUGAAUGUGCGCUGUCUAAUAUGUCUGAGACUCCUCAUCUUCUGCCUCCUCUUGAGCUUGAUUCUGGGGCAUUUUCUGCUGAUGCUGUAGAACCUGUUGUUUCUCAGGACAAUAUUGGUGAAUUGGAGGCCCAGAACGGGAAAGUAUGGAUUUCCAUGAAAGUUUCUGUUCUUAUCAAUCUUGUUGAGUUGAGUUUACAUGUGGGGGUAGCCAGAGAUGCAUCUCUGGCCACUAUACAGGUUGCUGGCGGAUGGCUUCUUUAUAAAUCUAAUAACCUUGGGGAAGGUUUUCUCUCGGCAACACUUAAGGAUUUCAUUGUGAUUGAUGAUAGGGAGGGAAUUGAAGAAGAAUUUAGGUUGGCAAUAGGAAAGCCUGAGAAGAUUGAUUAUGGUCCCCUUUGUGCAAUUGCAGAGCAUGAAAACCAGAAUGUGGCUAAUGCAAAUUUCAAAACGGAGACUGAGAUGAAACCAACUCCUACAAUGCUUAUACUUGAUGCAAAAUUUGGUCAACGCUCAACUAUCGUGUCUCUCUGUGUUCAAAGGCCACAAUUGCUUGUUGCACUUGAUUUUCUUCUGGCAGUUGUUGAGUUUUUUGUUCCAGCAGUUGGUGGUAUGCUGUCAAAUGAGGAAAAUAAGAAUCCUUUACAUGAAGUUGAUGCAGUUAUUUUGGACAAGUCAAUUUAUAGGCAAUCCCUAGCUGAAGUUUCACUCUCUCCUUUGACACCAUUAAUUGUUGACGAGGAAAGAUAUGACCAUUUCGUUUUUGAUGGUCAAGGUGGAAUUUUGCACUUAAAAGAUAAACAGGGACAUAAUCUUUCUGCGCCUAGCAAGGAAGCUAUUAUAUAUGUAGGAAGUGGAAAAAAACUACAAUUCAAAAAUGUCGUCAUAAAGAAUGGGAAAUAUUUAGAUUCUUGUAUUUUUCUGGGAAGCAAUAGCAGUUAUGUUGCUUCAAGGGAUGAUCAGGUCCAUUUGGAGGAAGAGGAUGAAGCAUCUAAUAUGGACUCCUCAAGUGGGAGCAUUAAUGGUUUACAAACUCAAAAUGCGGCAGUUGACAGAUCCACAGAAAUUGUCCUUGAGUUUCAGGCUAUUGGCCCAGAGUUCACAUUUUACAAUAGAUCAAAAGAUCUGGGAAUGUCAUCGACCAUCUCUAACAAAUUAUUGCAUGCACAGUUGGAUGCGUUUGCUAGGCUUGUUUUGAGGGGUGAUAUAAUUGAAAUGACUGCAAAUGCACUUGGUUUGAUGAUGGAGAGCAAUGGAAUCAGGAUUUUGGAGCCGUUUGAUACGUCUAUGAGUUAUUUGAAUGCUUCUGGGAAGACAGAGAUUCAUUUAUCUAUUACAAAUAUAUUCAUGAACUUUACUUUCAGCAUUUUGAGACUUUUUUUAGCAGUUGAAGAGGACAUCUUGUCAUUUCUGAGGAUGACUUCAAAACAGAAAACAGUAGCCUGUUUUGAGUUUGAUAAAGUUGGAACAAUAAGAAAUCCACAUAGUGACCAAGUCUAUGCCUUCUGGAGACCUCGUGCACCACCUGGCUUUGCAGUUCUUGGAGACUAUUUGACUCCAUUGGACAAGCCUCCUACAAAAGGAGUCGUUGCUGUGAAUAUGAACUUUGCAAGAGUCAAAAGACCUAUAUCUUUCAAACUAAUUUGGCCACUAUUAGCUUCUAAGGAAAUUUCUAAUCAAGGCAUAACCAGUUCUGUCACUUUACCAAAUGGUCAAAGCAGUGGAGAUGAUAGCUGUUCCAUUUGGUUUCCUGAAGCACCCAGAGGUUAUGUUGCAUUGGGCUGUGUGGUGUCUGCAGGAAGAAAACCACCACCUUUGUCUUCUGUUUUUUGCAUCUUGGCUUCUCUAGUUUCUCCUUGUCCCCUGAGGGAUUGUAUUGCCAUCUUCUCUCCCAACCUGUAUCCAUCAGCUUUGGCCUUUUGGCGUGUGGAAAAUUCUUUGGGUACUUUCUUGCCGGCAGAUCCAAUGACUCUUGGCUUACUGGGUGGUUCUUAUGAGUUACGCAAUAUAAAAUUUGGGCUCCAAGAGUUUUCUCCAAAAGCAUCCAAAAAUUCAGAUGCACAAGCUUUCUCUACAGGAGAUGUUGAUGGACUUCAAUCAGGAAAAUCAUCAUCUGUAAACUCUGCGCGACGGUUUGAAGCUGUUGCCAGUUUUCAAUUGAUAUGGUGGAACCGGACUUCAACCUCAAGGAAGAAAUUUUCCAUAUGGCGUCCAAUAGUCCCUCAGGGGAUGGUAUAUUUCGGUGAUAUCGCUGUUAAAGGGUAUGAGCCUCCCAAUACUUGCAUUGUCCUUCAUGAUACUGGGGAUGAAGAGUUUUUCAAAGCUCCUCUGGAUUAUCAACUCGUUGGACAGAUAAAGAAACAGAGGGGCAUGGAGAGUAUUUCUUUCUGGAUGCCCCAAGCCCCCCCAGGCUUUGUUUCAUUGGGCUGCAUUGCAUGUAAGGGCUCACCAAAACUUCAUGAUUUCAGCAAGUUAAGAUGCAUGCGCAGUGACAUGGUUGCUGGGGAUCAAUUCUUGGAGGAAAGUGUAUGGGAUACAUCAGAAGCCAAGCUUACAGCAGAACCAUUUAGUGUAUGGACAGUUGGAAGUGAGUUGGGGACCUUCAUGGUCCGCAAUGGUUUCAAAAAACCUCCAAAACGGUUUGCUCUAAAGUUGGCUGAUACUAAUAUACCAAGUGUUUCCAAUGAUACUGUUGUUGAUGCAAAAAUUGGAACCUUUUCUGCAGUCAUUUUUGAUGAUUAUGGUGGCAUGAUGGUUCCAUUGUUCAAUGUAUCUUUAAGUGGAAUAGGGUUCAAUUUGCAUGGAAGAACUGAUUACUUGAAUUCUACUAUCAGUUUCUCUUUGGCUGCGAGAUCAUAUAAUGAUAAGUAUGAAGCAUGGGAGCCACUUGUUGAGCCAGUUGUUGGAUUUCUAAGAUACCAAUAUGAUCUCAAUGCCCCAGGGGCAGCUUCACAGCUACGCUUGACCUCAACAAGGGACUUGAACUUAAAUAUUACUGUAUCCAAUGUUAAUAUGAUUAUUCAAGCAUAUGCAAGCUGGAAUAUUCUUAGUAAUGUCCACGAAUAUUACAAAAAAAGAGAAGAAUUUUCUCCAACUUAUGGGGCAAACUCUGUAAUCGACGUUCAUCAGAAGAGAAAUUAUUAUAUUAUCCCACAAAACAAUCUUGGUCAGGACAUUUUUAUUAGGGCAACUGAAAUCAGGGGACCAGCCAAUAUAAUAAGAAUGCCAUCUGGGGAUAUGAAGCCUGUGAAAGUUCCUGUUUCAAAAAAUAUGUUGGACUCUCACUUAAAUGGAAAACUUUGCUCAAAAGUUAGAAAAAUGGUGACUGUUGUUAUACUGGAUGCACAGUUGCCCGGAGUCGGUGGGUUGAGUUCCAAUUUCUACACUGUAGCAAUCCGUCUUACUCCAAACCAAGUUCUGGACAGUGAACCAGUAUUUCAUCAACAAAGUGCACGGACAAGUGGAAGCAUAUCUAACUCUUCCUCUGAAGUCGAAUUGGUCAACUGGAAUGAAAUAUUUUUCUUUAAAGUUGACUCUCAGGAUAAUUUCUUGUUGGAACUGAUUGUGACUGAUAUGGGAAAAGGUGAUCCAGUUGGAUUUUUUUCAGCUCCUCUGAAUCAGAUUGCAGGAAAUAUCCAAGAAAAUCUAAAUUGGUGUGACUAUCUGAAUUACUUGACCUGGAUAGACCUAUCCCCUGCAAAAUAUCUGACCACACAUCUUGGAGAUAAACAUAAGUCAUCCCGGAGAAUAAGAUGUGCUGUACUCUUGUCACCUGGAUCUGACAGUGAGGAUAGAAAUGAUGUUUCUAAUGAUCGCAGUAAAUCUGGAUUUAUUCAGAUCAGUCCCAGCAUGCAAGGACCUUGGACAACUGUGAGACUAAACUAUGCUGCACCUGCUGCUUGUUGGCGACUAGGAAAUGAUGUUGUUGCCAGUGAAGUCAGUGUGAAGGAUGGCAAUAGAUAUGUAAACAUAAGGUCUCUGGUUUCUGUAUAUAAUAAUACAGAUUUUAUGCUUGAUUUGCAUCUUGUAUCCAGUGAUUCCAGAACACCCAAGGAUUUACAGAGUGAUGAUGGAGCUGAAACAGAUGAGUUCUUGGAAACUGAAAUCUACAGCCCAACAGUUGGAUGGGUCAGCUACUCAAAUUACUUAGAACGUGAAGGUUUCCAUGAGGCUUCUUUUGGAGGUCAGUUACCAUCAGGAUGGGAAUGGAUUGAUGAUUGGCAUUUAGAUACACCAUCUGUCAAUACUGAGGGUUGGGUUUAUUCUCCAGAUGUUGAAAGCCUAAAGUGGCCCGAGUCGUUUGAUCCUCUAAAGUUUGUGAAUCAUGCAAGGCAAAGGAGAUGGAUCAGGAAUAGGAGGCAAAUUUCAGGGGGAGUAAAGCAAGAGAUAUCCAUUGAGCCAUUGAAACCUGGAGAGACUGUACCUCUUCCUUUAUCAGGCUUGACACAUUCUGGAAUGUAUGUCUUGCAGUUUAGACCUUCAAGAGCUAGUACUCAUGAUGAAUAUUCCUGGAGUUCUGUAGUGGAUAGGCCUGAUCGAACCUUGCAAUAUGGCAUGCUGAGAGGUUCUGAAAUAUGUGUAUCAACUCUUACAGAGUCGGAUGAACUUUUAUACUGCACCCAGAUAACUGGCACCUCGUCAAAUAGUUCUCAUCGAUUGUGGUUUUGUGUAAGCAUACAAGCCACAGAGAUUGCAAAAGACAUUCAUUCUGAUCCUAUUCAGGACUGGACUCUUGUGGUCAAAUCCCCGUUAUCUAUCAGCAAUUAUCUUCCAUUUGCAGCUGAAUACUCUGUUCUUGAAAUGCAAGUGAGUGGUCAUUUUGUUGCAUGUGCUAGGGGAAUAUUUGCUCCAGGAAAAACUGUGAAGAUUCACACAGCUGACAUAGGAAAGCCUCUAUUCUUUUCACUUGUUCCACAGAGAGGGUGGCUGCCAAUUCAGGAUGCUGUUCUUAUAUCUCAUCCUAGUGGGUUUCCAUCUAAAACAAUAAGCUUAAGGAGUUCAGUUUCUGGAAGGAUUGUUCAACUUAUCCUCGAACAAAGUUAUGGCAAGGAGCAGCCGCUGCUUGCAAAAGUCAUUAGAGUCUACGCCCCUUAUUGGUUUUCAAUUGUUAGCUGCCCUCCACUUACAUAUAGGCUUAUAGAUCUGACACAGAAAAAACAUGCACGGAAGAUAGCUAUGCCAUUUGAAUCCAAAAAGAGCAACGAAGUAAUUCUGGGGGAAAUAACUGAAGAGGAAAUAUAUGAAGGUUGUACAAUUGCUUCAGCUUUGAACUUCAAUUUUUUGGGCAUUUCAGUAUCAAUUGCUCAACCUGGUGAGGACCAGCACCAUGGGCCUGUUACAGAUCUUUCUCCCCUUGGUGACAUGGAUGGAUCCUUGGAUCUUUAUGCUUAUGAUGCCAAUGGUAACUGCAUGAAGCUUUUUAUUUCCACAAAGCCAUGUCUCUACCAAUCUGUCCCAACAAAGGUAAUUUCUGUACGGCCAUUCAUGACAUUUACCAACAGACUUGGUCAAGAUAUAUCUAUCAAGUUGAACACUGGAGAUGAACCAAAGGUUCUUCUUGCAUUUGAUUCAAGAGUCUCCUUUGUACAUUGCAGAGCAGAUGGAGCUGAUCAACUCCAGGUCCGCUUAGAAGAUACAGAAUGGUCAUACCCUGUUAAAAUUACAAAAGAGGACACCUUCUUUCUUGUUUUAAGGAGAUCAAAUGGUACACGAAAAAUUUUAAGGACGGAAGUACGGGGAUUUGAAGAAGGAUCACGCUUUAUAGUCGUGUUCCGCUGUGGGUCAACUGAUGGUCCUAUCAGGAUUGAGAACAGAACAAGUAGCAAGACUAUAAGCAUUCGUCAGUCAGGAUUUGAUGAUGAUGCAUGGUUUGUAUUGGUACCCUUGUCGACAACAAAUUUUUCGUGGGAAGAUCCAUAUGGCCAAAAAUUCAUUGAUGUGAAGAUAGAUAGUGAUGGUAGAAUUAGUAUUUUGAAAUUUGAUUUGGAAAGGACUGGGAUAUCUUCAGCACAGGAUGGUGGUGAAACAAGAUUACAAUUCUAUGUCACAGAAAUGGGAGAUAUCAAAGUUGCUAGGUUUACUGAUAACAGGGGUUCAAUUUCACAUGGGGAAAGCACAUCUGUGACACCUUCUGGUUAUUGGGGAGAUUCUCACAGGCAGAAUGAGAUACUCAAUGAAACCACACCUCUAGAACUUAUAGUUGAGCUGGGAGUGGUUGGAAUUUCUGUUGUGGAUCACAGACCAAAAGAGCUCUGUUACUUGUACUUGGAAAGGGUUCUUGUAUCAUACUCUACUGGCUAUGAUGGUGGGAAAACAAGCAGGUUCAAGAUCAUACUUGGUUAUUUGCAGCUUGACAAUCAACUUCCCUUAAGCUUGAUGCCAGUGCUGUUGGCACCUGAACAGACCGCUGAUAUACAUCAUCCAGUUUUUAAGAUGACUAUUACAAAACACAAUGAGAACACUGAUGGCAUCCAAGUCUACCCAUAUGUAUACAUACGGGUUACUGAGAAGGUUUGGAGGCUUAAUAUCCAUGAACCUAUUAUCUGGGCAUUUGUGGAUUUCUACAACAAACUUCAGCUUGAUCAUGUCCCCCAAAGUUCUAGUGUCACGCAAGUUGAUCCUGAGAUACGUGUAGAGUUAAUAGAUGUUUCGGAAAUAAGGCUGAAGGUGUCGCUAGAGACAGCGCCAGCUCAGAGACCUCAUGGGGUUCUAGGCGUAUGGAGUCCCAUUCUGUCUGCAGUUGGAAAUGCAUUCAAAAUUCAGGUUCAUUUGAGGAGGGUGAUGCAUAGAGACAGAUUCAUGCGAAGGAGUUCCAUUAUGCCUGCUGUUGGGAACCGCAUUUGGAGAGAUCUAAUCCAUAAUCCUUUACAUCUGAUAUUUUCUGUAGAUGUACUUGGUAUGACAAGUUCAACAUUGGCCUCCCUUAGUAAAGGCUUUGCUGAACUUUCAACUGAUGGACAGUUUCUGCAAUUACGUUCUAAGCAGGUGGGAUCAAGGAGAAUCACUGGGGUAGGUGAUGGAAUUAUCCGAGGAACUGAAGCUCUGGCACAAGGUGUUGCCUUUGGCGUAUCUGGAGUUCUGACAAAGCCAGUGGAGAGUGCUAAACAAAAUGGUCUCUUAGGACUUGCUCAUGGCCUUGGGCGUGCAUUCUUAGGAUUUAUUGUACAACCAGUCAGUGGUGCGUUAGAUUUUUUCUCGCUGACAGUUGAUGGAAUAGGUGCAAGUUGUUCCAAAUGCUUAGAAGUUUUCAGUGACAAGACUACCUUCCAUAGAGUUAGAAACCCUCGAGCUAUUCGUGCAGAUUGUAUUUUGAGGGAGUACUGUGAGAAAGCAGCUGUUGGCCAGAUGAUACUCUGUCUUGCAGAAGCAAGUCGACGUUUUGGCUGUACUGAAAUAUUUAAGGAGCCCUCAAAAUAUGCAUGGUCCGAUUAUUUUGAAGAAUUUUUUAUUGUGCCUUACCAAAGGAUUGUUUUAGUCACCAACAAAAGAGUCAUGUUGCUGCAGUGCUCGUCUCUAGACAAGAUGGAAAGGAAACCUUCCAAGAUCAUGUGGGAUGUGCCAUGGGAAGAACUCAUGACCCUGGAGCUGGCAAAAGCAGGCUGCCGCCAACCUUCACACUUACUCCUGCAUCUCAAGAAUUUUAAAAGAUCUGAAAAUUUUGUUCGAGUCAUAAAAUGCAAUGUGGAGGAAGAAUCAGAGAGAAGUGAACCCCAAGCUGUUAGGAUUUGUUCUGUAGUGCGUAGGAUGUGGAAAGCUUACCAAUCUGACUUGAAAAGCUUAAUUCUGAAGGUUCCCUCAAGUCAAAGACAUGUCUACUUUUCUUGGAGUGAAGCUGAUGGGGAGGAGCCACAUAUCCCAAGUAAAGCCAUUAUAGAGUCAAGAGAGCUAUCUUCGUCAAGUAAUGCAUCUGGGGAAGGGAAAUUUGUUAAACACAGUAUCAACUUUUUGAAGAUCUGGAGCAGUGAAUAUGAACCUAAAAGUCGAUGCAAAUUGUGUAGGAAGCAGGUUCCCGGGGAGAACAGAAUAUGCAGCAUAUGGAGACCUGUUUGCCCAAACGGGUACAUCUCCAUCGGGGAUAUAGCUCGUGUUGGCAGCCAUCCUCCAAAUGUUGCUGCUCUUUAUCACGACAUUGACAGAUUGUUUGCACUCCCUGUGGGUUAUGACUUGGUAUGGAGAAAUUGUCCGGAUGACUACAAAAAUCCCGUGUCGAUUUGGCAUCCAAGGGCUCCAGAGGGAUUUGUGGCUCCUGGGUGCGUUGCUGUGGCUGGUUUUGAGGAGCCAGAACCCCAUUUGGUACGGUGUGUAGCAGAAUCACUGUUGGAGGAAACAGAAUUCGAAGAGCAAAAGAUAUGGUCAGCUCCAGAUUCAUACCCAUGGGCUUGUCAUAUUUAUCAAGUGAAAAGCGAUGCUCUUCACUUUGCUGCCCUAAGGCAAAAAAGAGAAGAUUCUGACUGGAAGCCAGUGAGAGUUGUUGAUUAUCCUCACUUUCCAGCGAUAGGAUGAGAAAUUCUAUAUUUUUAGCUGUGAUUGGUUUGAUAAAUAAUAGCAAACGAGCAGGUGAAUUAUAUUUCCCAAAAUAUUGGGGGAUGAAAUAGGUUUUCGAUUUUUUUUUUUAUAUAUAAACAGAAAAUUACAAUCAUGUAUAGUGUAUUAUUGUGUUCAUGGAAAAUAAUGUCAUCUUUUGUUUUCUUUUUA